AUGGAACUCAUGCUAGCUCAAGAGGUGGGGCGCGCCGCUCAAUACCUCAAGAUUGGAAACCAUGGGGGCGCAGAGAACGUUAUUCGAACCUUACAGGAAAUAAAUGACCCAUUAGUGGUUACGUGCACUGUUAAUAUACUUAAUAGCGAAGUGCUUCCCUCAGACUCCGAUAUUAUUACCUACGCGCAUUUUAUUGCCUUUCGCUUGUUAAAAUAUUAUCUUAUACGUAAACGUGAUAUUCGUGAGGAUAAGAAGGAUUUGUUAGUUUUCUUCUUUAACUAUGUCGAGAAAAGAGACGGAGAAAUUUUAUCACCUGCGUGGCGUUCUGUUUUGUCCGAAGUUGCGUUGACUAUGGCUGUUGUGCUAAAGUUGAGUUGUGUAAAUGCUGAAGGUGGUGUUAGUGAAUCUUCUAUGUCGGAGAUGAUAUUAGAGAUUAUUUCAAUUUUAGAUCAACGUAGAUGUGAGUCUCAGGUGGUUUUUAUUCGUCAUUUGGUACUACACAUUGUUGAGGAAUUUGGUCUUUAUCAUUCAGCUUCACGUGGACGUGGGAUGUCGGUGGAAUUUCACCGUGCCUGCCGUUCGCUAUUUGAGUGUAGUGGUUUGGUACGAUUUCUUCAUAGUUUAGUUAACGCUGCAGCAAUUGGUAUUUCAGAAACUCACCGAACUGUUGAAAUACUUCUUACAUCUCUUAAUUCUAUAAUGUCAUGGUCCGUUCACCGUUUUUUUGAGGAGGAUGCCUCAGAAGAUGAGUCUGAUCACUCUCUGAGAGUUUCAGGAGAGUUGUGGCAGUCGUUACUGUUGGAGGGUGUUUUGCUCUCUGGCACCUUUGUUCAGAUGGACGAUCUACUUCGCAUGUGGUACACGGAUGGUGGUAUUUGUGGGUUUUCUUUUAACCGGCGGAGUAUUGUAGAGUUAAUAAGACAAUUUUGUAGUGUUACGAUGCAAUCAUGGAGUUUUUCGGAUAGACUGAAUUACGGUAAAAGAUUUCUCGCAUUAACGUGUUUCGUCGCUACAGAUAUAUUAAAAAAUGUAGCGGAUGAAGACGCUCGAACAACUCUACCUUUAGCUAUUUCUGGAGUGGUUAAUAUUGUGGAAAACAUGCAAGAUAUAUUUACUGAUACUGAAAUUGUUAGCUUUUGUGUUUUAAACCUUUCAUCGUUCGCAAAGACUCUUAUUGAGAUUGAUAAGGAGAAUCCAGAUGAUGAAAGUAUCAUGGCUGCACUGGAUGAGAAUCUGAGUUGCCUAUUUGAAAUAGCCUCCAUAACAUCACAAAAUAAUUCCAUUACAGCAGAAAAUAAAUUGGCAUGUAUAGAUGUUUUAAAUACUUUUUUAUCUGCUAAAUUGUCGUAUGCCCAUUCAUCUGAUGAGACAGAACAUUUUUCUGACACCUUUACGACAUCUCAUAUUUCUUUACUGGGACAUAUAGGACGGUUAGAUCCUGAAAGAGCUACAGAGUCCUUUUCUCUGGCAUUAGAUGUACUUCGUACACGAUAUUUGGAAAUGGGAAGGAUAAGUACUGCAGAAUGUAUACAAGUACAAGAAGCUCUCUGGAUUGUGCUAAAGUUAAUAGAUGCUUUUAUAGCUGAUGCAUGUGAUGGGGAAACUGUUUUAAUUCCCUCUUGUUUUACUUCCACCGCAUGGUCUGAACACCAUCCUGUUCAGAGUAUUAUAAUGAAGAUUAUGAUUUUUUUGCAAGAUGUUAUGCAAAACUUACCUCAAACAAGUCCAGCUGUGGUUUCAGGUUUGCUGGAAGUGCUUGGAACCUUUAUUUCUGUUUAUUCGGUUACAGAAAAUUAUGGUAACAACUUUUUUACUCAAAACACAACAACUUUAAUUUCCUUUGUGUUUUAUUCAUUACGUGUAUUUACCUUUGAAGAAAGUGUAGGACUUUCUGGAUGUCGUGUACUUGAAUCAAGUUUGAAGAGUAAAGGAAUGAUUUCUAUUUUACAGUCAUCUGAAGUUCUACAAGCGGCCGAAGAUAUGAUACUUUGUGGUCAACAAUUUUUUGGAAAUGUAAGAGGACGAAUUGCCGCCUUUUGGAUUCGUUCUGUUACUCAUGAGAGACGAUCAGAAAAACUUUUGACUGUCCUUCACUCCUUUGAUAUACGCACAACAGACUUUGCUUCUAUUGAUGUUGAUAUCUGCUUAGAAAGGUGUGCAACUCUUUCUGGUUUUUUCUUGUCUAUGCAAGAGAGCGAAGAGUUGAUCUUGUGUCUUGAUAUUGUAAUGGAAAUAUGUAAUCACCUUCUUUCUCUUAGUAUCAACAGAUUUUAUGAGAAAGAGUUAAUGAUUCAGAGUACAGAUAUGACACUGCAACUUUUUUUAUCUUGUUCAGCUGUAUUAAAUGGAAAACGAGUUGACUGGAUAAUAGAUGCAGUACGUACAACAUUAUCUUGUGUUAUGAAGUCGUUUUCUGAAGAUCUUACCUGGAGAGCAGAGGAAUUCCAGGAGCAGAAACACCGACUCUUAAAACUUUUAUCACAUCUCUUGUGUGAAGUUUCCCGAUGGCAAAUGAUGGAAUGUGAUUCCCCCGAAAAUGUCUUCGAACCACUAGGUUCAUCUGUUAUUUCUUCCUUGGCAGCAUUAUUGAGAUUAUUUGAUGCUCGUUCGCUUGGUAUUCCAGAAUUACAAGAGUCUGUUUUUCUUGCCUUUCAAUUGUGUGCAGAGGCAUUUGUUUCUCAAUUUGUGGCUUACUCAGAUUCACAGGUUUUUUUAUCGACACUUUUCUUUUCCCUCAACUCUGAAUCGAUUGACAUUCAGCGCGUUGGAACCACCGUAACGGAGAGGGUGGUGUCGUUUCUUGGAAACUCUAGUGUUGUGAAUGAAGGACUUUUCUCGCGUCUUCUUUUAACAAUCAUGAAUAGUUUUGUGCUUGGCAGACUUUCACGGCGUCUCUCCUCUCAACUGGCAGAGAGUAUUGUGACGCUAUGUAGUUGCUUGUCUGUAAAUGCUGUUGAUGAGGUAUUAAAAGAGGUAAUACAGUCUAAUCCUAACCAAGAUAUUUUACUGCUAUUGGAAAAAAUAAUGUUACUUGUUAAAAACUGCUUGUUAUGUACAGGACCAAGCCGACGAACAGCUCUUAGCAGUUUGACUGGGGCUAUAGCAGAAGGCCUCGGUAACAUCAAGGGUGGACUUCUCGUUUAA